AGUCUAAGCCGCGUCGUGGGAACUUCGAACUUUCAGAGGUGAUCUCCAAAUUUCAAAAACCCAACAGAUAUAAGGCCGCUUCAUCCACUCUAGGCCCCCAUUGAGCUGACAUCGUGCUGUACAUUGUAUAGUCGUGAUUGUAUAGGCGGCCCAUAGGCCAGGCUUCGACAUCAUGUUCGAAAAGUUCAUCGCGCCCGUUAUUAACAAGAUCCUAGGUGAAUAUGUGGGAAACCUGGAGAGCAAGCAACUCAGUAUCGGCAUCUGGCAAGGGGAUGUCGCCCUGCACAACUUGAAGUUGAGGAAAGAAGCUUUGGACAAGUUCAACUUGCCUAUUCAAGUGGAAGAAGGAUAUCUCGGCGACCUGACCCUCAGCAUACCAUGGAACGAUCUGAAGAACAAACCGGUGAAGAUCUUCAUCAACCAUGUCUAUUUGCUCGCCAAGCCGAAAGCAGGUGCAGACUACGACCCGGUCGAGGAGGAGGAGAGGCUGCAGAAGGCGAAGCUUGAGAAGCUGGAGACGGCUGACAUGUUGCUCAAUCGCGCGAAGGAACCCCAUCUGGAGAACUCGGCGAAUGAUUCUGGAUUCGUCACGCAGCUGGUGACGAAGAUUGUGGAUAAUGUGCAGAUUACCAUGAAGAACAUCCAUAUCCGCUAUGAGGAUGCCACCAGCUACCCGCAGCAACCUUUCUCAGUUGGUGUGACAUUAGAGGAGUUGUCGGCCGUGUCUUGCGAUGGCAACUGGAAUGAAGCGUUCAUUCAUGAUCAGGCGGAGGUCAUUCGCAAGCUCUGCAAACUCAGGAGUCUUGCUAUCUACUUCAACACGCAGCCCGAGUCAUUCUCCGGCAAACCGCAUGAAGAGUUUAUGAAGCUGUUCCGAGACUCGAUCGCAACGGCCGACAAUGCACCAUCGUCCUACCAAUACGUUCUGAAGCCGAUAUCUGGAAACGCCAAGAUAAAGACGCAUAAACAUCAGCCAGCUGAUGACGCGCGCCAUACGGCGUUCCCGGAAUUCGAGGAUCUGGCCUUUGUCAUCGACAGGGAUCAAUACACAAGCUCGAUAUCCUUGCUCGGCGCGUUCUCGUCGUACCUCAAUUCGCAGAAGUAUCGGAAGUUCCGACCUCCACGCACAAUCACUCCAGCUUUGGAUCCAAUCGCGUGGUUCAAGUUUGCAGGCACAAGCGUACUAUCUGACAUACAGGAGAGAAACAGACGGUGGACUUGGGCGUACAUGUCUGAGCGACGGGAUGAUCGCCGACAGUAUAUCAAGCUGUAUAGCAAGCAGAAAGAAGGGCCGCUUACUCCUGAAGAGCUCUCUAUAUUGCAAGAGCUCGAGAGGAAGCUUUCAUUUGAUGACAUCAUGCUGUUCCGGUCCAUGGCGUUGACCGAGAUGCGAAAGUCACCCACCUUCCACAAGCCAGCGCCACCAAAGGAGCAGCUCAAGACAUCGACAUGGGGCGGAACUUUGAGCAAUUGGUGGGCAGGAAAGGCGAAGGAAGAGUCGUCUGACAACGCGUACUUGACAGACGAUCAGAUGAAGCAACUGUACGACACUAUCGAGUUUGACCCGAAGGUGUCGAAACCUGCCGUGGAACUCCCGAAAGACGCCGCUAUCCUGAAAAUCGAGUCGUCCCUGAAGAGUGGUUCACUUACGCUGAAAAGCUCCCGGGCUGCGAAAGCACCGCUGAUAUUGCUGCUGUUUGAGGACUUCAAUGCGGGCGUGACGCAGUACCCGUCAGCUAUCUCUGGGACAAUCACACUGGCAAACAUGAAGUUGGAGGAUGGGUCUACGGUCAACACUCUAUAUCCGACUCUGAUUCGGGCGAAGAAGGAUACACAUCACUUGACACAGACGUCCGAGACACCGUUCUUCAGCAUGGGCUUUGAGCACAAUCCGCUGGACGGUCGAGCAGAUGAUGCAGUCUCAAUCGUGAUGCUGCCCCUCGAGGUCAUUUACAACCCGACGGCUAUCAAGUCCAUUGUGACGUUCUUCACACCACCCGUCUCAGAAUCGGCCACCGUGUAUACGAUCCAGGCUGCAGCACAAGAGACUUUCGAAGGGUUGACGCAACAGACGAAGGCGGGAGUGGAGCACGCAGUUACCGAGCACAGGACGUUGGACCUGAAGGUGGACUUUGCCGCACCUAUCUUCGUGUUCCCUCAGAGCUGCACGGAUCGGGACUGCAUGGUUAUGUUGGUCGACGCCGGUCACUUCCUGGUUGAGAGCAAUUAUAUCAACAAGGAACAGAAGAAGGAGUUACAGCAGAAGCAUGGGGCGCUACGCUCGGCUGAAGAUUUGGGAGAACUCCAGACGCUGUUAUAUGACCGGUUCACGUGUCAGCUGUCGUCCGUGCAGGUUCUUGUCGGCCCUUCUAUGGAAGCAUGCAUGCAACAGAUCGCCAAAGACACAGAGGAGGGACACCUUCACAUGGUCGAGCGCGUGAAUCUCAGCAUCAGCCUCGAACUUUGCAUUUUGCCGAAAUUGGUGGAUCUGCCCGGGAUGAGGGUCACAGGAAACGUCCCGAGGCUCCAUCUGAACGUUUCCGAUCGGAAGUACAAAACGAUGAUGAGCAUCAUUGACCUCGUUCUGGCGAAUAUGCCUGGAAACAAAAGCGACGCCGCAACGGAAGCAGUGGGGCCUGUAGAUCAGGCGCAGCCUCAUUGGUUGACGCCACAGGAUAGGGGGACCUCCUACCACUUUCUGGAUGCGGAAGACGAGGGCGAAUCCUUCUACGACGCUCCAGAACAGCUCGUCCGAGACACCAGAUCUGAAAUGACGGACGAUUCCAUCAACCGUGUAGCGAUGGAAGUGAAGUUCGAAGUCAGCCAGGUCUCUAUUUCGGUCACGAAGUCGGACGCGAACGCUCAGGUCCCGGAUCGCGUCCUGGCGGCGCUGAGCGUUGAGGGCUUUGGCAUCAACGUUCGCAAUACGACGCAUGAUAUGGCGGUCAAGAUCCGCAUUCGCGCGGUGCAGGUGGAGGAUCUGAUGAUGCAGGAUCCCGAGUCGCAGUUCCACUAUCUGUUCGCACCAACACCGGAGAAAGACACAGCAUCCGUCUCUAGCGAGAAGUCUUCGGUCGAUCAGUUGAUUCGAGUCAACUACCUCAGCGUGAAGCCAAGUUCGCCGGACUACAACGGCAUCGACCAGUCCGUGGACAUUUCGUUCGCAGCCGUCACAUUGGUCUUGACUAGCAGCAGUGUUUUGACACUCUACGACUUCAUCCUUGCAACCUUCACCAACCAAGCUGCUUCUGCCAACCAGUCCCGACUGGACCUGAGUGCUGAGAGCGAGGAUGAGGAUGCAGCCCAGGUCGCCGCGCCAUCUGCCAACAAGGGCUCGCACAUGGUGGUCCAUGUGGUUAUGAAGAGUAUCGGCGUGGUAAUCAAUCAGGACGGCACUCACAUCGCGACAAUGGAUUUCGGUGAACUGGAAACCAACGUCGAUCUCAUGCCUACUACCAUGAAAAUUACGGGAAGCAUUGGCGAUCUUGCAGUCCGUGAUGAGAUCCCGAGGGUGGAGAGCAGACACUUUGACCAACUGUUGCAGAUUGAAGGCGAGGAAGUUGCCCAUUUCACCUGGGAGACGUUUGACUCUUCAUCCGCGCAGUACCCCGGCUACGACACCGCUCUGGUAUUUCGAGCGUCUUCCUUCAAGCUGACGUACCUGGAAGCUCUCCUGCUGGAGCUCAUCCGGUUCUUCAGCCAGUUUGCAAAGAUGCACAUGUUGUUGGAGACUGCACGCCGAGCCGCGAUCGAGUCCGCCCAGCAGAUUCAGAAAGCGGCUGGGAAGUUCCACUACGAUAUCGAAAUCGAGUCACCCGCUAUCGUGUUCCCGCGCCUGAGCUUGCAAUCUGUUGAUACGAUGACGCUGUAUCCAGGAGGGGUGUCGGCCAGCAACCGCUUCCAGCAAUCCGGUCCGGAUGAGGUCUCGGAUAAGAUGACCGCCUCUAUCCGCGCGAUGAAGAUUGUGACAUACCUUGGUGAUGAGUCGCACGUAAAAGAACGUCAGAUGUUGGAUGAUGUUAAUAUUAGCGUCAGUGUGGACACGUUGUCGAAGGAGGAGGCAUCGUCGGAUAUGACGGUACAUGUAGAGGUUUCCGACGUCCAUAUGAUAUUGACUCCCGGGCAAUUCGAAUUCCUUCUCACACUUGCUGACUCGCUCGCGACGUUCAAUGCGGGACUCACCCCGGAAUCGUCGAUAGCUGAGAUGGACGACGAUGACAACCAAUCUGAGCACAAAGCCGAGAGCGUCGCUUCGACGGCCUCGUCGCGUAAAGUGGAUGUCAGCGUCUCCUCCAUCUGUCUGGACAUUCUUAGUGCGCACACGUUUCAGAUUGGAUCUGAAGAUCAGAAAUCGCUCUUGGAUCAGUCGUCAACGGCGAAGUUGGGCCCUUUGGCAACUUUCGCGGCACAUGGCGUUGGAGUUGUCAUGGUUACGUCUUCGGAUGGCUCCUCGGAAACCGACGUCUUGGUCCAAUCAUUCGCGAUCUUGGACGCCAGGGAGUCGGCAAAGAAUCUGUUCAAGGAGAUUAUGCCCCUCGCCGGCCGUGACAAGAAGCAUCAGCUCAAGAUCCAGAUGUCGACCUUCAACAAGACGACAACUACCAUUGCUAGCUUGAGCGGCGCCACGUUGGUGUUGAUACCAGACCAUGUGUUCCUUGUCAGAGACUUCUUCACCGGGCCUAUGACGCGACACGCGCAAACAAACGCCACUCGGUCCGCACACCAAGCGGCUGCGCCGAAAAACGCAUCAGAUGAGAAGAUAGAUCAACUGAACUCUUACCGCAUGGAGCUACUCGACGUGGAGAUCAUUCUCCUGCAGAAUGCUACAGCCAGCGCCACCGAGGCAAUCGUCCUCAGCUCAAAGAACCUGUCUAUUCAGCAGGAUAAGGUCACAACGGUCACGAUUGAGGACAUGGGAAUGUUCCUGUGCCAGAUGGAUAAACGGGAGGACACUUCGGUACCUUUCAUUCAGAACUUCCAGCUGAAGCUUUCGUUGGACAGUCCGAAGCCCAACUCCACGAAGAUCAUUCUCGACAUCUCUCCCAUCAUUUGGAGAGUCUCCUACCGCGAUGGGCUCUUGAUCAUGGAUAUUGUCAACAACAUCCACAAUCUCUGGCUUGCCUCCAAUAGUGCCGCCGACGUUGCCACUGAAAACAAGGGCCUGACCGCGUCCGCUUCCCUGUCGUCGUUCCAAGCGCCUGUAAUGGAUCAGGAGAGAAUUCGAGCUACGAUACAGGCAUUCAGGCUGAUUCUCAUUGACGACUUGAAUGACCUGCAUUUGCCGAUGCUGGAUUUGAUGAUGGAUAAGCUGGUGGUUGAUGCGGCUGACUGGUCCACUUCGUUGCGACUGGAGGCUGCACCGUCACUGCACUGCAACUACUUCAACAUUACCAACUCGCAUUGGGAGCCGCUCAUAGAACAGUGGCAAUUCUUCGUAACGGUGGCGAAACGACCCAACAAUGGCACAUUCUCUCUGGACCUCUUUGCUCGCAAGAAGCUUGAGAUCAACAUUACCCACGCGUUUGUCAGGACUAUUCUUCAGACGCAACAUCUGUGGAGCAAACAAGAUCAGCGUGUUGCCGCUCGGAGAGGUGCACAUGCGCCGUACGUCCUUCGCAACAAGACCGGAUACGACAUGUAUGUGUGGACGGAUUCGAAUGAUGCUGACAGCGGUCUGGAUACGGAGCUGAAGAUGCUUCCGAACGGGGAAGACAUCCCAUGGCGGUUCGAGGACUGGAGGACUAUGCGUGAAGGCACUUCUCCGGUCUCGCACCGGGUGUCGAUGCAGCUCAACGGUCCAUCCUGGGAGACCCUCAAGGGGAUUUCCAUCGAUAGCGAAGGCGUGAAAGCCCAUAUUCUGCGGCCGCCCAUCAACCGCGUCAGCUACAGGCUGGUGUGCGACGUCAAGCUGAAAGACAACGUGAAGGUGGUGACCUUCCAUUCUACUGUCGGCUUCCAGAACAACACGACUGUCCCAUUAGAGGUCGUCGUCGUCAACCAACGGAAGCAACGCGUACCGGGGCACACAGCACUGGAUCCUGGACAGGACUACUUCCUUCCGAUCGAGUCAUCUUACAACGACCUUGUUCAGAUACGUCCCGCAGAAGGGUUCGGCUACGAUUGGUGCAGUGAACUGCUCAACUGGAGGGAUUUGCAGAAGAAAGAGGCGUCGCUGGUGACCUGCCGAUCGAUGGACCCAAGCGCCCCUGCUUUCCGGUUCCAAGUGGGUCGGAAGCAGAAUGACCCGAAGGCGACAUCCUCGCCGAUGAUGAUGAUCCAGAUCAUCGCGCCGCUCCAAAUCGAAAAUGGUUUGCCAUACGACAUCCGUUACAAGCUGUUUGACAGGACAGAUCGCAACACUCGUCAGCAGUUCACAGAAGUUUUGAAGAAAGGGGAGUGUCAUCCGGUUUACACUGUGAACCCAACGCAUCUGAUUGCCUUGAGCGGCGAGAUUGUGGACUCGAACUACUCCGCCAGCGAACCCGCUAUCAUCACGAAUUCGGACCUCGAUUACCGUGACGAGUCGCUCCGGUUCACUGACAAGGAAGGUCAGCAACUGCAACUUCGCUUGAAGUAUCACGACAAAUCCGAUGGCGGUGGCCCAAGGAUCAGUAUUCUCAGUCCCUAUGUCGUUCUGAACAAAACCGGAAUGGACGUUGUCAUAAGUACUCGGUCGUUGAUGGGAGUGUCGCGGUACUCGUGCCCUGCCGCAAUCAACGACUCCCUUCGUCCUCUCUUGUUCUCGUUCCCGAACUUUGAACCUCUCAAGUCUCGUGUGCAGGUGAAAGUCCCGGGCUCCGAAUGGAGUAGACCCAUCAGUUUCGAUGCUGUUGGGAGCAGUUUUGACGUCGCUAUUCAGAAUGGCAAGAGCGGUACCGUUUCCCACAUCGGUGUGUCGGUGUCGGAGGGAGAGGGGAAGUUCUACAUGACCAAGGUCAUCACACUGGCGCCACGGUUCAUCUUCAGGAACAACAUGACCGAAGACAUCCAGUUCCGACAAAACGGCGCCACGGAAACGUUCACGCUGAAGUCCACGGAGUCUAUGCCAUUCCAUACGUUGAAGCUCAACGACUCCGCUCCCAACGACUUCUGCAUUCGGCUCUCGGGGUUGAUGAACGAAUGGUCAAGACCCUUCGACGUGAAUCAAGUAGGAAGGGUGUACAUCAAACUUGGACGUCUCAGUUCUGCCGAACAAGAUCUGAUCCGAGCGGAAGUACUGAUCAAAGACGCUACCAUCUUCAUUGUGUUCACCGGAAAAGAGACCCGGUGGCCUUUCAAGAUCAACAACAAGACUGAUAUCGACAUCGACAUCUGGCAGCAGGGAUCGAGUCUCCGGUUCAAGAUCCCCAAGGGCGAGUCGAGGCCUUAUGCAUGGGAUUACCCAUCAGCACCGAGAAAGGGGCUCGUUUUGAAUGCACAGGGAAGAGAACGUGAGAUAGAUGUUCUGGAGAUUGGACAGCUGGUGCCUUUCAAGUAUCCUACGGGCAUCAUGUCGAUACAUGUCUUUGCUGAGGGUCCUACGAUAUGUGUCGAUCUGGCUACAUAUUCCGAGGCGACUAGCGCUUUCAAGAACACGGGUGAAGUUGCCCGGAAAUCGUCUGAUCAGGACGCCGAAAACGGACCUUUCCGGAUGAAAACGAAGAAAACGCAGCUCCUCAUGGCGAUACAAGUCCAGCUUGAAGGCAUUGGGAUUUCGUUGCUGAAUUCCGCAAUGCAGGAGCUUGUUUACCUGUCUGCAAGGCAAAUGACCUUCAUCUAUACGGACACCAGCACGAACAACGCUGUAACCUUCAGUAUCAAGUGGCUUCAGAUCGACAACCAGCUGUAUGGCGGACUGGAACCCAUCUUUGUGUAUCCCAGUGUUAUUCCGAAGGAAGGCGAGGGAGAAGAAGAUAGGCCAGUUUUACUGGUGACUGUCUCUCGGUCCAAAGAUCAAUCUUACGGAGUGGACUACUAUGAUUGGUUUACGAUCCUGCUCCAGGAGCUUUCCGUGGAUAUGGAUGAGGAGUUUUUGAUGGCACUCUUAGACUUCUCAAAAUUCAACAUACCUGGAUGGAACGAAGAAAAGAAGAGUGAACUCAUCGACGCCAGUGUUGCCAUCGAACAGCCCCCAAUCACUCAGGAGGAGCAUAAGAUGUACUUCGAGAAGUUCCUGCUUCAGCCUAUUCAAAUCAACGUGUCCUUUGUGAGAACACAGAACGCCAAUAUGGAAGAAGCAAGGCGCGACCGGACGGGAGUCCUCUCUUUCGUUGUCGACGUGUUGACUAUGACGCUGGGCAACAUCCACGAUGCUCCGAUCCGUCUGAAGGCGUUAGAGUUGAGACACCCGAACGUCACCCCGAAUCAAUUAGCGGAUCUCAUCUUCAAAUUCUACACCCAAGAGUUGGUUGGCCAGGUUCACAAAGUGAUCGGGUCAGCCGAUUUCCUCGGGAAUCCCGUCGGUCUCUUCAACAACGUCAGUUCUGGAGUAAGCGAUUUGUUCUAUGAACCUCUCCAAGGAUUCGACAUUACGCGACCGCAGGACUUUGGAAUCGGUGUUGCCAAGGGCGCCUCGAGUCUUUUCCGGAAAACGGUGUUUGGGGCGUCAGACACUUUCUCGAAGUUCACGGGCAGUGUGGGCAAAGGUCUGUCCGUCAUCACGAUGGACUCGGAAUUCCAGGAAAGGAGGCGGCUUACCAGCAUCAGGAAUCGCCCACGGCAUGCGGUGUACGGAGUGACAACUGGCGCUACGUCACUAGCGAGAAGUGUGGCGAGCGGCAUUACAGGUCUUGUGUCGAAGCCUAUCGAGGGAGCAGAUGCUGAAGGCGUUGGCGGGUUCUUCAAGGGCAUUGGGAAGGGCAUAGUCGGAGUGGUCACGAAGCCUGUUGUUGGAGUGUUCGACUUGGCUACAAAUGUUGGCGAGGGUAUUCGUAAUACGACAACGGUCUUUGACGCCGAUCUGGAUCGUACGCGGUUACCUCGAUUUAUUGGAAAAGACAGGGUCCUGGUGCCUUACAAUCCGAGGGACGCUUUGGGUCUCAAUUGGCUUAAGGGACUCGAAAAUGGAAGGUUCUUCCAUGAAGACUACAUUGCACAUCUGGAACUGCGGAUAGAAGAUCUGGUUGCCAUUGUGACUGAUCAGAGGAUCGUCAUGGCCCGCAUCAAGCGACUGAAGAUGGAUUGGGACAUUGGCUACGAUGAGGUUCAAAAUGUGCGGGCGGAAGGCAACAGCGUCAACAUUUUGCGGAAAGGACGAUUGGAGUCCCGAUUAAGGGUCAUCCCGUGCCCUGAUGUCGCUAGUGCGCAGGUGAGUCUCGCAGGUCCCCCUCAGGCAUGACCAAUGAUUGUUUCUCUGAAAGGUCUUUCGGUUUCUCAGUGGUUGAGCGGCAAGAUCGAGGGUGCCUUUGCGGCAUACAUCGACCAAUUCCGCGGAAUA